AUGGCGUCGUUGUCAAAGAAAUGGGCCAGGAUCAUUUCUCGCGUCGCUUCUCAAAUUUAUUUCCUCCUCAUUAUUUUCCAAGUUCCUCUUUUCAGAUUCCCAUGUAGAAUUGGCAUGUGCGAAACACCUAUGGAGGUGACAUCCUCUCAGCUGAUUGCGAGUGAGGUUCUUCCUACAGUGGUAGUAAAGAUCAUUCUGUCUCCUGGAGCCAUUGCAAAAGCCAUUACCAAGAAAACAAGCAUGCCGACCUACAACGACUUGCUGAGCACUGGGAAAUUCAUCAACAUGGGUAAAGGGCCGUCAACAAUCGAUCUCAAGCACAUGGAGGUUCUUGCAGGAAGCUACUUCUCUUUAGCUGGAGCAUUUCUAGGUCUAAUGAGAUCUGGAAGGAUGAGCCUCUUUGGGGUAAUGCUCAUCAUUUUGGGAAUUGCCAGGGAAGUCAAUUUUGGAAAGCAUGCGCCUAACGAUCCUUCUAAAGAAGUUUGCAUGUACCGUUCAAUGUACAUUGCUGUGCUUUCUGCUUUCUUUUCUAUUAGAGGGGAUGUCAGAAAGCUAAUCCGCAGUAGCAAAGUUAAACAUAUUAUUCAUCCGCUCAGGCAUUCAAAAGCAAAGCGUAAAUGAGUUGAUAACUUCUUGUUUUACAUUUCUGGAUUUUUUUC